CAAACAAUAAAACCGCGGGUCAGGACUCAGGCCACGAAUCACGCAAAAGCCGUUUGAGUGCUACCAUUUUCAUAAUCAUUUCUGAUUUCAGCAUUAUAUAAAAAAUCAUAUAUAGCUCUUGGUCUUCUUGAGCAAGAAUUUGUUACUCUUUAACUUUGCUUCUUCACGCUUUUGCUCACUUCACAGUUCGGAUGUUUUAUUUGAUGAUCCUGUGAGGAAUUGAGGCUUGUGGUUAAGGGUUGAGGUGGCUAUUUAUGCUGAUAGGUGGAUAAACUUUUGGGAUGUCUGCAUGAUUUGAACUAUGGGUCAAGCGCUCGGUUGCAUUCAAGUAGAUCAGUCAACUGUUGCAGUGAAAGAACACUUCGGUAAGUUUGAUGAAGUGCUGGAGCCAGGGUGUCACUGCUUGCCUUGGUGUCUUGGGUAUCAGGUCCCUGGUUAUCUCUCAUUGCGACUACAGCAGCUUGAUGUUCGUUGUGAGACAAAAACAAAGGACAAUGUUUUUGUGACUGUUGUAGCAUCCAUUCAGUACAGAGCGUUAGCAGAAAAUGCAGCUGAUGCAUUUUACAAGCUCUCUAACACCAAAGGACAGAUCCAAUCCUAUGUUUUUGAUGUUAUAAGGGCCAGUGUGCCACGAUUGGGGUUGGAUGCUGCAUUUGAGCAGAAGAACGAAAUUGCUAAAGCAGUAGAGGAAGAACUUGAAAAGGCUAUGUCUGCUUAUGGGUAUGAGAUUGUGCAAACCCUCAUUGUGGAUAUAGAGCCAGAUCCCCAUGUCAAGAGGGCAAUGAAUGAGAUUAAUGCUGCUGCAAGACUACGUGUUGCUGCGAAUGAGAAGGCCGAAGCAGAGAAAAUAUUGCAGAUCAAGAGAGCUGAAGGAGAAGCUGAAUCCAAGUAUUUAUCAGGGCUUGGCAUUGCUCGACAGCGUCAAGCCAUUGUGGACGGUCUUCGAGACAGCGUGCUUGCUUUCUCAGAGAACGUGCCUGGAACAACAGCGAAAGAUGUGAUGGACAUGGUUCUUGUUACUCAAUAUUUUGAUACGAUGAAGGAGAUUGGAGCUACUUCCAAGUCAUCUGCUGUGUUUAUUCCCCAUGGACCAGGUGCUGUCAAAGAUGUUGCUUCUCAGAUCCGCGAGGGUCUUCUCCAGGCUGAAAGUAUUCAGCAUUAGUUUAACAAAGACUAAGGAUAGUUGAUAGUCUUGUGUGGUUUGUUGUUUUUAGUUCAGUGUUGAUAUGGUAGCUUUACGUGUGUUCGUGCUUAUAGAAUCCAUAGAUCGAUACGUGCAAAGUUUGGUUUUACCAUCUGCUUUAUAGGUUGUUUAUCAACAAUGCUGACAGACAAAAAGUUUUGCAGUUGAUUGCAUUGCUAUACGAUGUGUCUCUAUAGGCAUUUUUAGGUA